GUGCCGUUUCCACAUUUAUUUGUUAUAAAUGAAUCAAUUAUUUAGCUCCUUAGGGACCGUUGUGUAGUAUAAUAGAAACGAAACACCAAUUUCCCUCUUCCUAGCAAGCGCACGUGUACAUUGCCACCUAUAGGGGGCGUAACAGUACAGGUGCAGCCUGCAAAGCGUUAUGCUUGCAGAUGAACUGUAGAACAAAUGUGCCUCUUUGUUUUAAUUGCUUUCCAGUUAAGAUCUGCAUGGUCUAUUCAACGUGUAUAUUUUAAAUGGGCAUAACGUCAUCAUUUCUCCAAGGAAGGAAGGACAUAUUCAGGCCAAGAUGUUAUGUUUGUAUGUUAUGUUUUCUGUGUUUAUUCAUCUCCGUUUACUGGAGACCCAGAUCGACCGUGCGUUCCUGUGUUUUCACAUUCACAUCUGAGGUCAAAUGAGCAGGCGCCGGUCAAAUUAGUUUAUUCAAAAUUGACAAUAGCCUACAGACGGCCAUGUCCCCAAAUGUGCUAUUUUAAUGAGAUUACAAACAAGAUUGGGCGCAGUUAAAAUAGAAGGACAAACACAAUCAGACAAAUUUACACGAGAAGUUACAUAACCGAAUACCAAUAUCUUGCAUUAACGGUGGCGGGAGUAUUGAAGCAAAUUGUUCAUAGGUGGACUUCUCCAUCAAAACGCAUUCUCUAACUACUGUGAUUAUGGUUAGUUUGAGACUGGAAUGUAAUAUUCAAUUCAUAACUAACCGUGACAUCACCCGUUUGUUAUCUAAAGCCUGUCAUUGAUGAAAACAGUAGAGGCCCAAUCCGUCUAUACUAGUCCAUGCACAGGUCUGAGGGGCGCAGGCGCAGUGGCGGCCCCUCACACAGGCAUCAGAGCCUGCUUCAUUGAGGAGGAUUCAAACUUCCGGCAGUGUCAUGGCGACAUGGUGUGUCUGAUAAAAGAAAGAAAAAAAUAAACCAUCCCCGUGAACAGCGGUAUUUGAAGGUUAACGGGUUGCAAAUUGCAGAGGAACCAUUAUUUAUACGGAGGUUUUCAGUGGCCCGUUGCGGCUCCAACCCGGCCGGCCAUGGCGGCUCAGAAACCCAUGGAAUGGGUUCAGGCCGUUAUUACCAGAUUCGACGAGCAGCUUCCUGUGAAGGUGGGCCAGCAGAACACACACACCAAGGUCAGCACAGAACACAACAGGGAAUGUCUCAUCCACAUCUCCAAGUACAAGUUCUCCUUGGUCAUCAGCGGCCUCACUAACAUCCUGAAGAAUGUCAACAACAUGAGGAUAUUUGGGGAGGCGUCAGAGAAGAACCUUUAUCUCUCUCAGCUCAUCAUCCUGGACACACUGGAGAAGUGCCUGGCUGGGCAACCUAAGGACUGUAUGCGUCUGGAUGAGACCAUGCUGGUGAAGCAGCUGUUACCAGAGAUCUGCCACUUCAUCCACACGUACCGUGAGGGCCACCAGCACGCGGCUGAGCUGCGGACCUCUGCCUCAGGGGUGCUCUUCUCUCUCAGCUGCAACAACUUCAACGCUGUGUUCAGCCGCAUCUCCACCAGGUUACAGGAAUUAACGGUCUGUUCUGAAGACACGGUGGACGUCCAUGACAUCGAGCUGAUCCAAUACAUCAAUGUGGACUGUGCCAAGCUUAAAAAGCUUCUCCAAGAAACCGUGUUUAAAUUCAAGUCCUUGAAGAAACCAGCCCAGCUGAGUGUGAUCAACAGUCUGGAAAAGGCCUUCUGGAACUGGGUGGAGAACUACCCUGAUGAGUUCACCAUGCUGUACCAGCGACCGCAGACUGACAUGGCUGAGUGUGCAGAGAAGUUGUUUGACCUGGUGGACAGCUUUGCAGAGAGCGCUAAGAGGAAGGCUGCGGUGUGGCCCCUGCAGAUCAUCCUGCUCAUCCUCUGUCCUAAUAUCACCCAGGACCUCUCCAGGGAGCCCUUGGACCACUCCAAAGUCAACAAGAAGCUGUUCCUGGACAGCCUGCGGAAGGCGCUAGCGGGCCAGGGCAGCAGCAGGCAGCUCACAGAGAGUGCUGCCACGGCCUGUGUGAAGCUCUGCAAGGCCUCCACCUACAUCAACUGGGAGGACCACUCCAUCAUCUUCCUGCUGGUGCAGUCCAUCGUGGUGGACCUCAAGGCGCUGCUCUUCAACCCCCCCAAGCCCUUCUCUCGAGGAGCGGGCAGCCAGAACGCAGACGUGGACCUCAUGAUCGACUGCUUCGUGUCCUGCUUCCGGAUCAACCCCCACAAUAAGCAGCACUUUAAGGUCUGCCUUGCAUCUUCAUCUCCUCCCACGUUUCACUUUGUCUUGGUCAACUCUCUGCACAGAAUCAUCACCAACUCUCCUCUGGACUGGUGGCCCAAGAUCGACGCUGUGUACUGCUACUCCGGAGAGCUGCGCUCCAUGUUCUCAGAGACGCUGGCCCGCGUCAUGCAGACCUGCAGCACCCACGCACCGCUCCGCACGACCCCGAGUUUGACCUUCAAGGAGAAGAUGACAAGUCUGAAGUUCAAAGAGAAGACCACCGAUCUGGACAACAGAAGCCACAAGUACCUUCUGCUGGUCCUGGUCAAACUCCUCCAUGCUGACCCCAAGCUCAUGCUGCAUAACCCGGGCAAGCAAGGCCAGGAGACUCAGAGCAGCACGGUGGAGCUGGUCACAGGGCUGGUGCAGCUGGUGCCUCUGGCCAGCAUGGGGGACAUCUCCCAGGAAGCCAUGGAGGCUCUCCUGGUCCUGCAUCAGCCAGAGAAUAUCGAGUUGUGGAACCCAGACGCACCCAUCGAAACCUUCUGGGACAUCAGCUCCCAGGUGCUAUUCUUCCUCUGCAAGAAGCUGAUUGGCCACCAGAUGAUCAACAGCACAGAGAUCCUCAAGUGGCUAAGAGAGAUUCUCAUCUGCAGGAACAAGUUCCUCCUCCGCAACAAGGAGCGUGCCACGCUGGGCAGUGGGAUCCCUAUCUGUCGGCAGGCCCAGACCAAACUGGAGGUCAGCCUCUACAUGUUCCUGUGGAGCCCCGAUGCAGAGGCCGUGCUGGUGGCCAUGUCAUGCUUCCGCCACCUCUGUGAGGAGGCAGACAUCCGCUGCAGUCUGGACGACAUGCCGGUGCACAGCAUCCUGCCCAACUACAACACCUUCAUCGAGCUGGCCUCCGUCAGCAACAUGAAGUCCACAGGCCGCUCAGCCCUGCAGAAGAGAGUGAUGGCGUUGCUCAGGAGGAUAGAACACCCCACAGCAGGAAACACAGAGGCUUGGGAGGACACGCAUGCUAAAUGGGAGCAGGCAACCAAACUGAUCCUCCAACACCCCAAAACCAAGCUGGAGGACGGCCAGGAGUGGAUCAACAUGACGGGCUUCUUGUGUGCCCUAGGGGGGGUGUGCCUCCAGCAGCGCUCCGCCCCCGGCCUGGCCACCUACAGCCCCCCUAUGGGCCCCCAGAGCGAGAGGAAGGCCUCCAUGAUCUCCAUGGGCUCCUGCGAGGGCAGCAACACAGAGACCCCGCUGGGACGCUUCCUGGAGCGUCUGCUCAGCCUGCUGGUGUGCAGCCACGAGAGGGGCGUCCAGAUCCGCACCAACGUCAAAGAUCUGGUGGGCCUGGAGCUCAGUCCUGCCCUCUAUCCUAUGCUCUUCAACAAGCUGAGGAAUGCCAUCAGCCGCUUCUUCGACGCGCAGGGCCCGGUUCCCAUCAACGACACAAACACCCAGUUUGUGGAGCAGACCAUUGCCAUCAUGAAGAACCUUCUGGACAACCACACAGAAGGCAGCUCUGAGCACCUGGGGCAGGCGAGCAUAGAGACCAUGAUGCUCAACCUGGUCAGGUAUGUGCGUAUCCUAGGCAACAUGGUGCACGCCAUCCAGAUCAAGACUAAGCUGUGCCAGCUGGUGGAGGUGAUGAUGGAGAGACGAGACGACCUGUCCUUCUGUCAGGAGAUGAAGUUCAGGAACAAGAUGGUGGAGUACCUGACUGACUGGGUAAUGGGGACCUCCAACCAGGCUGCUGAUGAUGAUGUCAAGUGUCUCACUAGGGAUCUGGACCAGGCCAGCAUGGAGGCGGUGGUGUCUCUGCUAGCAGGUCUUCCUCUGCAGCCGGAGGAGGGAGACGGGGUGGACCUGAUGGAGGCCAAGUCCCAGCUGUUCCUCAAGUACUUUACUCUGUUCAUGAACCUGCUGAAUGACUGCAGUGAGGUGGAGGAUGAUGGGCAGCAGGUAGCGGGCAGGAAGCGGGGCAUGUCCCGGCGUCUGGCGUCUCUGAGGCACUGCACCGUGCUGGCCAUGUCCAACCUGCUCAACGCCAACGUGGACAGCGGACUCAUGCACUCCAUAGGUCAGGCUGGGAAGCUCACUUCACAUAUUUUUUCAAACCUUUUUUUUCUCCACGUUUUGUGGAUUUUUUUGGGAUAAAAACGUUUUGGGGAAAUGUUCUUUUAAAAA